AUGUCGACUUCAACGCCUAAGAAUAAGUCAUCGGCUAGGAGCGACUCUCGAGGCAGUGAACAAAGAAACAUGCGAGACUCGCCAUAUAUGGCAUCUAGUUCGUCAUCGUCGCAGACAGCCGAACAUCAUGAGACGCCACUUGGGCAGAAGUAUUCGGCGAAGGGAGGAUACUCGUCUACAGAAGCACGAGUCAAUAGUCGAUCGACGAAUGAAAUCAGCUCGACGAGGAGUAGUUCUAGUGCAAACGAACCACACUCUGAUGGAACUCGAAUUUCCAGACCCAGACGCCGGAGGUCAAUUUUUGGAUCAAAUCAAACGGAAGCAAGUUUCGAUUUCUCGGGUUUCCUGAAUUUGGACUCAAAUGACUCUGAUUCUGUGUUUAGAGGUCACCGAAGUUACGACGAAUCUCUUUUCAUUCAGACAGACCUGAAAAAAGAUCGAAAAGACUUCUUUGAAAGUGCCUCAAGUCAAGAGAAGAGCAUAACUUUUGAAAAAGAUAGAGCCAACAGUGGCUCAGUAGAAAGCGUAAUUCGACAUCCUUCUUAUUUUAGUGACUCGGAGAACAGUUUGAAAAACGGUAGCCCGACUAAAGACGCUUCAGUAUCUAAUAGCGAGUCGCUGACAUCUGUUUUCGCAGGUGAGGUUACAGACAUAAUUGAAGGGGAGUUGGGUUCUGAAGAAAGGCCUAAAAGCAGUGUCGAAACUCAAACUGAGGCAUCCUAUAUCAGGACGAGGUCUACCGAACCCGAGGUUAUUGCAUGUGCAGAUUGUUGUUCUAAGUGCUCAAUGAAGUCAGCAACUAACACAACUGUAAUCAGUAUGAAAACUUAA